AGGUGGGUAGGUAAGUUGCGGCAACUCAAGACGCAUCGAUGCUUUACAGAUCUGAAAGAGAAAGAGAUGGGAGAAAAAGAAGAAGAAGACGACUUCAUCAUCGUUCCUAUGGAUAACGAAUGCGCGGAGAAUGUCCCUCAAGACGGUUCUCACGAGCGUCUGUCCGAAAUUGACAACUCCAUUGAGAGUCUUCGGGCUUCUCUGUGGCCGUUGAACAAGUUCAUACACGAAAACCCCGAACUCGCCUUCGAAGAGCAUAAGGCACAUGAUGCCCUGACGAAAUUUAUGCGGUCACAAAAAGACUGGCACGUCACAACAUCGGCCUACGGAAUGGAGACGGCAUGGGUAGCGGUCUACGACAGCGGAAAGGCGGGGCCUGUUGUCUCCUUCAACGCUGAGAUGGACGCGCUUCCUAAUCUGGGCCAUGCCUGUGGUCACAAUCUUAUCGCCACUGCCUCGCUCGCUGCUGGUCUUGCAACAGCCGAGAUGAUCAAGCGACACAACCUGUCUGGCAAGGUCCUCAUCUUUGGCACACCGGGAGAAGAAGGAAUCGGAGGCGGUAAAAUCCGUCUCCUCGACGCAGGCGCCUACGAGGGUGUCGACAUCUCCCUCAUCUCGCACCCGGGCAUCUUGAACAAUAGCCCCCUAGUUCGGACUACCGCUUUCGCCCGCCUCGAGGUUGAGUAUUUUGGACGUGCAGCGCACGCGGCAAACAGCCCUUGGCUUGGUGUCAACGCGCUCGACGCCCUUGUUAUCGCAUACAAUGCAGUGUCGGUUCUGCGCCAGCAGACGAUGCCUAGCGAUGUGAUCGGCAUGGGCAUCACCGACGGGGGAGGAGCGCCGAACAUCAUCCACGCUUACGCUGCCGGCGUCUGUGUGAUCCGCGCAAGCAGUGCUUCCCGACUCAAAGAGCUCCAGCAAAAGGUCAGCGCCUGCUUUCGCGCUGGGGCGGAGGCCACCGGGGCCAGGGCGGAGGUCAAAAUCAUUCAGGGAUAUGCCGACCAUGUGCCGAAUCGCAUCCUCGCAGCGUCGUACACGAAGUACUGGAACUUGUUGCCUGACUUGCCGGACCCGCCGAUACCGUCCGGGGGCCAGUUCACUUGGAUCAAGGCGAGCACGGAUCAGGGAAACAUCAGCUAUGCCAUGCCGAGCGUGAACGCGAGCUUCGCCAUCCCCCCAGGCACGCAGGCGGGACAGCCGCACAGUCCGGACUUUGAGAAGGCAUCGGCGACCAAGGGCGCUUUUGCGAGAGCAUUGAGGGUGGGAAAGGUCCUGGCGGCCACUGCGGUAGACGUGCUUAAGAAGCCUGGGUUGAUUGACGAGAUUAAGGACCAGUGGAGACGAGACAUGGAUGCGAUUAAAGAGCAGGAUUAA